CCUAUUUAUUUUUCUGCUCUCUAAAAAAAAUUACUUUUUAAAUUUCUAAUUCCCAAUUUAGUUCGUCUCAAUUACAUUUUUCUAUCUGAACAGUUGUUUUUAUUAUUAUUUCACAAUGGGCGUUGUUCUCGGCUGCAUCUCUUCGCAAUUUCUUUCAUGUCUGGCCUCCCUCGGCUGCUCGUGCGCAUGUGCCGCCUGCCGCUCACUCUCCCCCUCGAAGCUCUCCGGCUCCAUUGGCACACGCAUCAACUACGCGCUUCUUUUCCUAUUAAACUCCAGCAUAGCCUAUGCUAUGACGACCAAAUGGGGCAUUGACUUGGUCAAGCGAAUAUCAUGGGGCUUCAUAUCGCUGUGCUACGGCACGCUGGCCGUGCACCGAAUGUGCUUCUCGCUGAGUCUCUGGCAUCUCGUCCUGGGCCUUUUAACCAUGGGCGUGCAGGAUAGUAGGCACCCGAGAGCCAAGUUGCAGAACGGACUGUGGGCGGUCAAGUUGGUUGCGUGGGCAGCGUUGGUUUGCCUGAGCUUUGUUAUUCCCAGUGGCUUUUUCGAGUUUUAUAGUCGCUAUGUGGCGAUGAUUGGUGCGCUGGUCCUCUUGGUUGAUUUUGCGUACAACUUGGCUGAGGGGUGCAUUGAGAGAUGGGAGGAUACGGGCAGGCCGCUUUGGCGCAACCUCCUUGUAGGCGGCACCCUGGCCAUGUACCUGGCAUUCGCCGUUAUGACCAUUGUGAAUUACGGCUGCGGGAGGAACCAAUUUUUCAUCACUGCCAAUAUGCUCGUCUGCAUCUUGGUUUCGGUCGCAUCGGUGCAUCCGCGAGUGCAGGAGGCUAAUUUGAAGUCGGGGCUGGCGCAGGCUGGGAUGGUCACCGCGUACGCUUCGUAUUUGGUCACCAGUGCGCUGGCCGGGUCGCCGCCCGAAAAGGACGAGGGCGCCGCUGUGUGCAAUCCGCUGGCUGGAGAGGCCAGCGCCAGGGCAACAAUGGCAGUUGUGGGUGCGUUUUUCACCAUCGGGGCGAUCUGCUACAGCACUACUAACGCGGCAGUAAAGGGAAAUUCAAUCAUUCGCAGCGGUGCUAGCAGCAUGUACGAACCAUUGGCUGGGUCCGAGGAGGAGGCCUCUGGGGUGCGGAUGACCAACGCACAGCUGCGGCAGAGUGCGCUAAGAGACGCAGUGGCUAAUGGCUCGCUGCCGCAGUCUGCGCUUAAUGAGGACGGGGAGGAUGGAGUGCAGUAUAGCUACACGUUCUUCCACUUUAUCUUCUGCGUCGCUUCCAUGUAUGCUGCGAUGCUGCUGACGAAUUGGAACAGCAUUAAUUCUGAGGAUCAUGUUAUUAUUAUUGGGCGCAGCGUCGCUGCGGUUUGGGUCAAGGUCGUUACAAGCUGGCUUUCGUUGUUGCUUUAUUCGUGGACGCUGCUCGGCCCGCUGGUUCUGCCUGACCGCGAGUGGCUGUAAUUUUUCUUUUUUUUUUUAUUUAUUUUAAAUGCUUAUGUACGGAUUAGGCUUUUGUUUUGUUUGCCUC